AUGGCCCUCUUCAACCUGGCCGUCUUCGUGAAGGUCCUGCUGGGCAACAACUUUGGUCGGCGGAUGUUGGAGCUCGACUGGAAGGACCGGACCGACCGGAGUGAGCAUGCGCUCUCCGCUCGCCGCUGGGCGUGGCUGUACAUGCUCAGCAAGUACGUGGACAUGCUCGAUACGGUGUUCUUUGUGCUGCGAAAGAAGGAGAGUCAGAUUACGGGUCUUCACGUGUACCACCACUCGACAGUGCCCACCUUUGGCUGGAUCUACUUUCGCUCCAACGUCUUCCACGUCACCGCCUACGCCUUCUGCCUGCUCAACACGCCCGUCCACACUAUCAUGUACGCCUACUACGGCCUGGCCGCCCUCGGCCCCCAAAUGCAGCCCUUCCUCUGGUGGAAGCGGUACAUCACCCAGCUGCAGAUUGUCCAGUUCGUGCUCCUCUUCGCCCACGGCCUCUACUUCUGCCUCUUCCAGACCGGCUACCACUGGUUCUUCAGCGUGGACAUCCUCUGGCAGACCGGCCUCUACCUCUACCUCUUCACCGCCUUCUACCUGCGCACGUACAAGGUCGGCGAGCUGAAGAGAAGGCUCAGUUUGGUGGUCCAGCAACAGAAUGGAAAUGGAAAGAAGGUCGAGUAG